AUGGGGCCGGUUACCCUAUUUCGGGCAGCCCGCCAUCUCGAGCCCGAGGUUGUUGACGGAGAGGCUCCCACCAACAUCGAGGAUGGAUCGUUUGAUUCCCUUGUUUCCUCACCGAUUGUAGACCGGGGCCUAGACAACGAAACCCAAUGCAUGCGUAUAAUUGGCUCAUCUAGCCAAAUGGAGAUCACACCACCUCCGCAGUACCAAACGUCUAAUAAGCCCAAUGCCACCACCAGCUUCGAUAGGUUACACACAGAAUGCGUCAGUUUUGCUGUAGACCUUGGAGGCAGUGAACAAGAUGAUCAGCAUUCGCGGCACUACCAUGCGUGGCGCUCUGUGAACGACCUUCCCGAGAUCGCCGCGCCCUUCUACGAACUCGCAGUGCAGAUUUUCGUCAAGACCCUCACGGGUAAGACCAUCACCCUUGAGGUCGAGUCCUCGGACACGAUCGACAAUGUGAAGUCCAAGAUUCAGGACAAGGAGGGAAUCCCUCCCGAUCAACAGCGUCUUAUUUUCGCCGGAAAGCAGCUCGAGGAUGGCCGCACCCUUUCUGAUUACAAUAUUCAGAAGGAAUCUACUCUCCAUCUUGUUCUCCGUCUCCGUGGUGGUAUUAUUGAGCCCUCGCUGAAGGCCCUCGCCUCCAAGUACAACUGCGAUAAGAUGAUCUGCCGAAAGUGCUACGCCCGUCUUCCUCCCCGAGCGACCAACUGCCGAAAGCGAAAGUGCGGUCAUACGAACCAGCUCCGGCCGAAGAAGAAGCUCAAGUAA